UCUAUCGCAUUUCAUGACCUCAUUCCCAUUCUCGUCCAUGUCUGAAUGCUUUCAAAUUUCCGCCCACAUUUCUCCCGCAAAGUUACAAUUUUUCUCAUCCAAAGGCCAAACUCCAUAAUAGAUUUUGCAUUUCAAGCUCUGCUCUUUAAAGAAGACACGGUCAGCUCAGACAUUCGAAAACAAGAACCAUUUUGACCCAUUCCCCCACUCACUUCCUUCCCUCCCAUGGCGACUGCUCCUCUCCCUCCCCUUGAAUUACAGUGGAAGAAACCCUAAAGAAAUCCAAGCAUCUGCAACUCUGCCUUUCUGGGUGUUCUUCCUUCCUUUCGUCCUCGCCUUUUGCUUGCGUUCUUUCCCAUGUGAAGGCGGUUCCUUGUGUUGUAUGUAAUCUCUGACAUGUGUGUGCAAGAGGCCUUCGUAACCGUUCUAGGGUUUUGUUUCGGAUCAUUGAGUCAAUUGGGGUCAAAAUUCAGCACUCCUGCCACUGCCUUAUAUGCAGUGAAUGCUCGAAGGAGCUGAGCAUUUUUGAUCGGCUGGCACCUCUCCAACAAUGUCCGACGACAUGCUCUUGCACCUCUCCUCCAAUUCCUCUAACCAGUCCGAUCACUCCCUGCCCACUAAAAUCGCCAAGCUCGAAGCUCGUCUGGUGGGCAAGGCUUCGUCUGCUUCCGCCCCGCCGUCUCAGCACCAGCAGCAGCCGCAGCCGCAGCAGCAGCAGCAGCAGCCCAUUUGGUCGUCCUCUUCCAAGUUCGUGGCUGAUAGCUUGGGGGAGGAGUCGAGCUCGAGUGACUCUGAUGAUGAUGCUGGAGCAGAAUUUUUGAUACAAGCUAACACCCAAAAGCGCCAAAAAGUUCAAGGCAAUGAUAAGUCGGCCUUUCUUCAGCAUGUUGAGGCAUCGUCUGAUGGACUGCAGAAGCUGGUGGAGUCACUUGAGACAAAGUCCAAUUUUGAUGUAAAUAGGAAAAGACCGGGUCGUGGAAGGUCUCAGUCUAAUACAGGAAGGGGCCGUGGUUCUAGAGUUAGCGAUCAGACAAGAUCCCAGAUUUCUUCAUCAAUGACUUCACAGUCGAAUGGUCAUCUUGAAGACUCAUAUCAUAGGGAUAAUAGGCCCAGAGAACACUUAAGGAAUGAAGACAGCUCUACCUUAGAGGAAGAGGUCUUAUCUUUAAGAUCAAAAGUUGCAACAUUGGAGGAGGAUUUGCGCAGAUCUCGUCAAGAGGCCUCUGAAUAUCAAAACCUCAGCCGUCAAUUAGAAAAGGAAUUGAAGGAGAUUAAAGACUAUGAGCAACAAAUGAAGCCAAAGAGGACUAAGAUGAUAUCUGAUCUGUUGAUAUCUGUGUCAAAAGCCGAAAGGCUGGAAGCACGAAUGAAAGUGCGGCAGGAUUCUUUGAGGCUUGGGAAUGUGGGGGUAAUCAGAGCUGGAACUGUUAUAUCAGAAACAUGGGAGGAUGGACAAGCAUUGAAGGAUGUGAAUGCUCAACUAAAACAAUUGUUGGAAACAAGAGAAGCUAUUGAGCGUCAGCGAAAAUCUUUGAAGAAGAAACAAGCUGAUAAGGGCGACGGAACAGAUGCUGAAACAGGACUUCCAGAAGAAGAUUUUCUUCUGCAGGAUGAGAUUUACAAGUCUCGUCUAGCAAGCAUGAAACGCGAGGAAGAAGCUCUUCUGCGUGAGAGAGAUCGGUGUGAAUUCGAGAAGGGGAGGCUUAUCAGGGAGAUGAAACGCAUAAGAGAUGAGGACGGUUCUCGCUUCAACAACUUUCAGAUUCUUAAUCACCGAUAUGCUCUUCUGAAUCUUCUUGGAAAAGGCGGUUUCAGUGAAGUUUACAAGGCUUACGACUUGGUGGAACAUAGAUAUGUCGCAUGCAAACUUCACGGACUGAAUGCUCAGUGGAGUGAAGAAAAGAAACAGAGCUACAUUAGGCAUGCUCUCCGAGAGUACAAUAUCCACAAAACUUUGGUUCAUCAUCACAUCGUUAGGCUAUGGGACAUUUUUGAGAUUGAUCAGAACACAUUUUGUACCGUUCUGGAAUAUUGUAGCGGUAAAGAUCUGGAUGCUAUUCUCAAGGCAACACCGGUAUUGCCGGAGAAGGAAGCAAGGAUCAUUAUCAUGCAGAUAUUCCAAGGCCUUGUGUACCUGAACAAACGGGUUCAGAAGAUCAUUCACUAUGACCUGAAGCCUGGGAAUGUCCUAUUUGAUGAAUUUGGCAUUGCUAAAGUUACCGACUUUGGUCUGAGUAAGAUAGUUGAAAAUGAAGUGGGAUCUCAGGGCAUGGAACUCACUUCCCAAGGAGCUGGAACUUAUUGGUACUUACCCCCAGAAUGCUUCGAGCUCAGCAAGACACCUCUCAUAUCGUCAAAGGUCGAUGUUUGGUCAGCUGGUGUUUUAUUCUACCAGAUGCUCUUCGGAAGACGACCUUUCGGGCACGACCAAACCCAGGAAAGAAUUUUGCGCGAGGAUACAAUUAUCAAAGCUCGCAGGGUCGAGUUCCCAACAAGACCUGCUGCGUCGAACGAGGCAAAGGAAUUAAUUCGCCGAUGUUUGACCUAUGACCAAGCAGAUAGACCCGAUGUUCUAACCAUUGCCCAGGACCCAUACUUGAUGUAUACAAAGAGAUAAUUCUCUCGUACAGACGAAACUGGCCUCAGUGGUCUCAGGAUUUUUCUUCUUUUUCAAGGUUUCGAGUGGAAAAUGUGAUGUAAUACCGAACCGGAAUUUUGUAUAGGUUGUAAAGGGCCUCGGUUCUCUCGUACUUCUUUGCUGCUUCUCUCCCAACGACCACAGAGGAAAGCUUUCUCCUGUUCCUUAAAUUGGGAUUUAUAGACCGUAGAAGAGUGCUGAAUUGCGGAUCUUCGAAAAGGUAUAUAUAUAUAUAUUGAAGGCCGAAGGGCCAUCUUUCAAUCA